ACCCUAAUUCCUUCCUCAGCCUCGUACUUCACUCUCUAUCACUCACUCAAACGCAGUAGUCCAGCCGUCGUAUUUUCCGUUCGCCGUUUGCGUCGCAACGCAGCCCAGACUCCAGACGUCGCAGCUUCCGUCCGGCUUCCGAUUGCAAUCCCCUUUUCGGCCGUCCAUCUCCGCCGUUUCCGCGCGCAUCCCCUGCAUCCGGAAUGGAGCCUCAGUGUAUCUAACAGCACUUCUAAUGCGGUAGAAGAAGCAGAAGAAAUUGCUUGGAAUCAACUAGCACCUUUGGGGGAAUCAGGUGGACGAAGACACAGCAGCUGAAAGUCACUAGCCAAAAGCCAUUCAAGCUAAGAACUGAGAUAUAAAACCGAACCAAACCAAACUGAACAUUUUUUGUACGAUUGGAUCGGAUGGUUCUUCCUCGAAAAACCAAACCAAAUUGCACCGUAAACACCUCUACUGAACUCUGAACUGUGUGUGCAACGAGCUAGCAAAGUGGAAGAUUCAGCAUCCGGAGGAGCAAGAAGCAAGAGCAAUGCAAGGUGCAUCAUCAGGCAUCGGAUACGGUCUAAAAUAUCAGGCUCGAUGCAUUUCGGAUGUAAAGGCAGACACGGAUCACACUACCUUUCUGGCUGGCACACUCAGCCUCAAAGAAGAAAAUGAGGUUCAUCUGAUUCGGCUUUCGUCGAGUGGAACUGAAUUGUUCUGUGAAGGAUUGUUUUCGCACCCGAAUGAGAUUUGGGACCUUGUCUCAUGUCCUUUCGAUCAACGGAUCUUCUCAACCGUUUACUCUAACGGUGAAACUUAUGGAGCAGCAAUAUGGCAGAUCCCUGAGUUAUAUGGUGAGUUGAAUUCGCCUCAGUUAGAAAAAAUUACAUCGCUAGACGGUCAUGCCGGUAAGAUUAAAUGUAUUCUCUGGUGGCCAUCUGGAAGGCAUGAUAAAUUGAUCAGCAUCGAUGAGGAGAACCUCUACUUGUGGAGUCUAGAUGCUUCCAAGAAAACUGCACAAAUACAAUCACAAGAUUCAGCUGGCAUGCCCCACAAGAUAUCUGGUGGGGCAUGGGAUCCACAUGAUGUGAAUUCUGUUGCCGCAACUUUUGAAUCAUCUCUCCAACUAUGGGAUGUCAGAGCAAUGGGGAAGACUAUUUCAAUUGAAUGCUCCCAUGUACGCAGUGUUGAUUAUCACCCUAAAAGGAAGCACGUACUUGUUACUGCAGAACAUGAGUCUGGGAUACAUAUCUGGGAUCUAAGAAAACCAAAAGUUCCCAUCCAAGAGCUUCCAGGACAUACGCAUUGGACAUGGAUUGUCAAAUGUAACCCUGAGUAUGACGGAGUGAUCUUGAGUGCUGGUACAGAUUCAACAGUGAACCUGUGGCUUGUCUCUCUAGGCAAUGAUGAUGUAUCAACUGAGAGCCAAACUGAGUCACCUACUCAUUGGGUUGAUCCUUUAAUCAAUACGUAUAGUGAUUAUGAAGACAGCAUUUAUGGGCUCACCUGGAGUUCUCGUGAACCAUGGAUCUUUGCAUCGUUAUCCUAUGAUGGCAGGGUGGUUGUAGAAUCGGUUAAACCUUCCAUCUCCAAAAAAUGAAAGUUAAAAUAAAAAAUCAUGGCGUUGUCAUUUGUCACCAUUUUGCCUUCUUGUUCUGCAUCAGUAAUUUCCUGCUGCUCGGGUAUUGAGAUAAACAGAUGACUAGAAGACCCAAAUGUUCAUUACAUCAUGGUACCAUUGGCGGGUUCAUGUGGCAAACAUGUUUAAUGUUUUAUGUGCAUAACAUCCUUGACCAGCAGCCAUUCAUAGCCCCAAAAGCAAUGACAUUGUUUUGGAAAUUUUUUCGUUUAGGUUGGUUUAUGUUUCUAACAUUCUUUGGUACGUUUCCACAUGUAAUUCAUGGUUAAACCUAAUGCUUAGUUGCAAAACCUCAUCAUCUGUGCUAAAUUGUGGUCUGAGGGGGCGAGGUGGAAUGUUGAAUGCGUUCCAUUAUUAACAAUCUAUUAUAACGAGUCACGUUCAUUGUAC